CCGUACCGCAGUAGGUACAGCUGAUACAUUCGAAUAGCGUUGCACUCGAAAAUUAAUUAUUACCUGUUUGGAUUUGUCACCAUGGCACAUCAGGUAGUGGCGGACUACACCAAGGUAAGUGAAAAUGCAAACGUCAAGGUCUUCGUGCGCGCACGGCCGGCAGAGCCACAAGACGAACCUGCAGAAGAACUGUUCGAACUUGGCGCACCUGAGCCAGGGGGGCGUGUGCGGAAGCUCUCCAUGAAACAAUGGAGGCGCACGCGAAAUGAAGACGGAGAGCAUGAGCAGUGGGGGGGUGUCGGGGGAAACGUGUUUCAGUUUGACAAUGUGUUCUGGUGCGAUGAGAAACAAACAACAAUAUUUGAGACAGUCUGUCGUGAACAAGUGGAUCACAUCCUUAAAGGGUAUAACGCCUGCUGUUUUGCCUACGGUCAAACGGGUUCGGGUAAGACACACACCAUGUUUUUUCCUCGAGGCGGCCAGGAUCGCAGCGAUCACAAGAUGCAUGGCCUGAUUCCAAGGGCUGUCGACUACCUCUUCACUUGCCUCGAGUCUUCGGGAGGAACCAAAAGUGAAGUUAAAGUCUCGUUUCUCGAAGUAUACUGUGAUACGCUCCGCGACCUUGGCAAGGCAUCCCUGUCAAAUUCGACACGGCUCUCGAUGAGUCGCGGUCCAUCAACUGAGAAGACAUCGGCGAUCUACCAGGGCGCAGCAAAGCAACGUGGGGAGACAUUUGGGCUCGGCAUGCGUGGGUCAUCAGUCCCUUCGACAAACACAGUUCAACCAGUAACUCCGAUGCCUGACAUGAUCCACGAGAAAACAAAAGGACACUGGUAUGAGCUUAAGGAAGAGAUUCGUGAGGACAAGGAUGGAAAUGUUUUUGUCAAGAGCCUCGCAAAGAUCCCUGUGAAGAAUUCAGCUGAGGUGCUCCUGGUCAUUGAUCGUGGGCUUCGCCUCCGGGCCACAGAAUCGACAAGUAUGAAUGAUACAAGUUCACGAAGUCACACCGUGUUUACAAUUGAAGUGGCGAUGAAAUGUGCAGAAACUAACGAUGCUCUUGCCGGUAAGCUCCAUCUAGUUGAUCUUGCCGGCUCAGAGCGCCUCAAGAAGUCGGACUCCUCCGGCAUUCGCAUGGAAGAAGCACUUCAUAUUAAUAAGUCGCUUACAGCACUGGGCAAAGUUAUAGUAUCGCUAGACCCGGCGCAGGCGGGUGCACAUGUCCCAUACCGAGACUCAAAGCUAACACGCCUGCUUCAGAAUGCGCUUGGCGGGGACAGCUACACUUCGGUACUAGCCACGAUUCGACCAACUCGAUCUCAUGCUGAAGAAUGUCUCUCAACGCUGCAAUUUGCUAAUAGAUGCCGAAAGGUGGCCAACAAUCCCCGCGUUCACCGCUUGGGCGAAACAGAUUUUCAGAGUAACAAGGCCAAAGACGAGCAGAUCGUGCGGUUGAGGGCGGAGAUCGAGCGGUUGAAAGAGUUUACACGGAAGCUUAAGCAGCGUCUGGCGCAAGCAGGUCUGAAUUUAGAGGAGAUAGCGGAGUGUGGCGGCACCGGCUCAGUUGAAUCUCCUACUCACGACUAUAGCCCGGCUCAGAUACAGGCAGUCGUCUCAGGUGCAGUACUCGCCGCCAUGCGUGCUGUUGGCAUCCCAGGGGCAGUAAUAGACGAGUCAACUGGAGGUGUCCGCCUAAGUGAUGGUCGCCUACUCGAAGGUACGUUGCCUGGAGCAUUUGUUCGUUAUUAUAGUGAAGCUGACCAGCCAAAGAAUUCUAGCAACAACCAUCCCAACAGACGUUCAGCCGUCUUGAACACAAUUGCUGCCCGCAUUGCGAAGGCAAUGGGGUUUCCUAGCCCGCAAGACCUACCGCAGGCACUAAUUACCCCCCUUGUUGAGCGCGAGGACGAGUUUUUGGUCCUCAAACGAAAACUAGAGUCGACACGGUGUGAAUUAGAGAUACUUCGAAAAGAGAUUGACCUUGGGAAGCGCCAAAUUACGUCGGUGACUCUUGGCGCACAGCGACUUGAAAGCGAUUCCAAAAAUAGUAUCAUUUCUGUGGCUAACCAAAUGGGAGAGCAGCUCCGGGUACAAGAAGAGAUCCAUGCGCAGCAACUUCAGGCUCUGGUCCAGGAGAAAGAUGCUAUUAUUAAUGAUAUUACUCCCAUGAAGCUAGCUGAUGUUGGUACUUGCAGUAAGUUGCCACCGAAUCCGGUCGUAGACAUGUCUCGCAGGGUAACUGCAGCACGUGAUGCUGUGCAGCGCGCUGAAGGCCGUUGCGCAGGCUCUGAGACGUCCAUUGGCAACCUCAAGAUGCAGUAUGAGUAUUGGCUCAACAAAAAGGACCGUGAUUCAGCGCGAUUUAUUUCGCAGCUCAAUCUUUACCGCACAAACAUGAAUGCACAACUUGAGACAGCCGAUCGUGAGCUCCUUGUCCUAUGGAAUGCUGUCGAGCACCAUUCUAGAGUUCUGCGUCGUGUCCGUCAGGGCAAAUAUCCACUUCAUCAGCUCGGUACUAAUGUUGCAGCUCCAGCCAUCCCGCCUAAUGACCUUCCGCUGUCAACCAAACACCUGAUCCUCACACGGCUGCCUGCAACAUUCCGUUCAAUGCGGAAGGGGGAAUGGAGUCAGUCGAGGGAGAAGAAUUCAAGGUACAGAAAUGAGACUGAUAUUGAAUUUGAUGCUGGCACAAGGGGACUGCCAUCGAAGGCCAAGUCACUCGAACAAACGUGCUCAGCGACAGCACGGGCUACCCCUGACCCUCUUCAUCAAAGCUUCCUUGAAAAUAUAAAUGACUUAAACAUACACACCCUGAGGAAUGAGCUUGUGCAAUCGAAGCUUAAGCUACGUGACUAUGAGAUGCGCCUAGACCGUGAGGUUAAGGAGUGCGUUGUGGCUGAGCUUUCUGCGCAUACAACAGUCCAGUACAUGCGUGAUCUCGAGGAAUUAAAAAAGGCAGCAGAUAAUAAGGCUUCUGCGCAAGCAUGGCGUUACACUCAGCUUCGAGUGGCCUAUGAAGCUCAAAAACAAAAACCUACUAAGUCUGUGGGAGGUCCGCACAGCGAACUUUGAAUUAGUUACACGCGCCUCAGUAGUAGGUGUUAGUUGACACUAGUAGUAGGUUUGAGUCACUGACUUAGUCACUGAGUGCCAGUGGACUUGCCAGUGGGUGGCCCUUCAGGAGUGGGGGUUUUCUGCGGAGAAUAUACCCUAGUACCCAUUGCAGCCCCAUAUUGUCUACAUUUUCGUCUUGAGAACCGGCGCCGAUGUGAUGGCAGUCGCAAGAUUCCGAACCUUGUCAUCUGCUAGACCCGGGCCGUGACCGUACAUGGAUCUCAAUGGAUUUCGUUCAAAUGUAUCCCAAGAUCGUUCUUCGUAUUGAAUAGGUGUGUAUGCUUCAUCUUCAU